AUAAAUUUAGAAGAAAAAGAAAAGUGAAAUUUUUUGAGAAAAUUGAUAUAAUUAUUAAAAAUAAAAUUAAAAUUAAAAAACAAUUUGUGAUGAAGAUAAAGUUCUCAAAAUAAAAUAACUUACUAACAUGUCUAAAACAGUUGAUUUUGAUUACACAAAAGUGAAAAUAAAACGUGAAAAACCAAGUCCACCAAGAAAAAAAGAACCAGAGGAGAUUAUUGAUGAAAUAAUUCCUACCUUAUUCAACAGUAACUCUAAAAGUGUGCAAGAAACUGAUGAUAAUAUUGAUAAUAAGAAAAAUGUGGAGCCAGUAAAGUCGUCAAAUGAAAUUCUAGCUGAACUUUUUAAGGUGUUUAAUGCAGCUCCACCAAAAAGUUUGCUAAACGAUGAAUUCUUGUUGAAUAAAAAACCUAAAAAAAAACAUAAGAAAGAAAAAAAACACAAAAAGAAAUCUAAAAAGAAGGGUAGAAGUAGCAGUGAUGAUAGCAGCCAAAGUGAUAUUUGUACCCCCAAGGAUGACAAACAUAAGAAGAAAAAAAGAAAGAAAUCUAAACAUUCAGAACAUCAUAAAAAAAUUAAAGUAGAAAUUAAAGUUGAAAAUAAUAAAGACAAAGGCUCCACAUCGAAAAAAACAAUCGAAGAGAAAAGCAAUUCGAAUGAUUCUGAAUUUUCGAUUUCUGAUUAUGAUGAAAAUGAGUUGCCAAAAUCGCCAAUAGCUAAAACCAAAAUUAAAGUAGAAAAAGAUGAUAAUUUUUAUAAAAAAUCUGUUGAUGAUAAAUCUAAUUAUGAGUAUUCAAAAGAAAUUCCUAACAAUAACCACGGAACUAGUAAAAGUAAAGAUAAGGAAAGGGAUCGACAAAAACGAAAACAUACAGAAAAAAAGGAGGUAGAAUCUGAAAUAUCAUUGUCUGAUGAGGAAACAUAUUUGAAAGAGAAAGAAAAAUAUAAUGCUUUUUAUGGUAAAAAUAAAGAAUUAGACGAUGACAAGAAAAAUGAUUCCAAAAAGGACAGUAAACCAAAAAGUAGAGAAGAAAAUGAAUUCUAUAGAGGAAGUCGCCUAAGCAGUCGAGAUAGAGAUCGCGAUCGGGAUCGUGAUCGAGAUCGUGAGCGAGAUCGAGAUCGUAGAAAUUAUAGAAGUUCUAGUCGAAGUCGAUAUGGGAGAAGCCGAUGGGGUCGAAGUAGAUCGAGAAGUUUAGCAAGAUCGACAUCUAGAUCUAGAGAAUUAGGAAUAGAUAAAAAACGUUUACUAGAAAUCGCCAGAAAAAAUGCGAUUUCUAUGUUUAAAAAAGGUGCUCUACCCGGAACACAACAAAUGAGUCAAGAUAUUAAAGAUAAAGUACUAAUGAAAAUGAGAUAUGGCGGAAAGACCGUAGAAGAUUUAACUGAUUUUUGUAAAAAACUAUCUAAUGGCGAAAAUUUAAAUGAAAUAUCAGAUUUAUCUUCUGAUGACUCUGAUCAUGAUAAAGAUGGAAAUGAAAAAGCUUUUGUUCAUCAUCCAUUUGUAAUUAAAGAUCGCGCACCCAUUGUAAUGAAUAUUAAGAAUUCAGUACCGAUCCAACCAAAAUCGGCAGAAGAAACUAAAGCUUUGUUAAUGCAAUUUCCGGUUUCGUCUGGUCAACAACAUAGAUUAAAUGAAAGUGAAUGGGUUCCAGUUACUCCGCCUAAGACUGAAGUACCAAAACCAAUGCCAGUUGGUACUAUAGUACCGACUGCAUCGAAACGUAUGAUUCAACAACAGCUUUCGGCACAAAUACCUAAAACUAUUUUUGGAAAACCGAUACCAGCUGAUCAAAAACAAUUACCGGCAUUUGUAUCAGUAACACAACAAGCAAAUAACUUAAUUAUUUCCGAUAAUGAUGGUAAUAAUGUUGCACAAGAUUCCUUAGCAAAUGGAACAGAACAUAUUUUAACAAAUUCUGUAAAUUCAACUAUACCGCCAAUAUUGCCUGUUCCAAGUUCACUGCCACCAAUAAAUUCAACACUUCCAAUUUCUACACCGAUUUCAGUUCCACCACCAAUAGUACAGAAUAUUCCGCCACCAAAUCCUCCACCACCCUCACUCAUUCCACCACCAUUACCUGCAAAAGAUAGUAUUUUCCCGCAACAUCAACAGAACUUAGAUGUGGCUUCAAUUAUUGGAAAACGUUUAAAUGCUAUGCGCCGUUUACAAGAGAAUCCAAUGGAUGCUGAGGCUUUAAAAAUUAUGUAUACAGCACAAAAGGAUAUGUCAACAUGGGCUAGUAUGAAACAGUUACCGGGUCAAUUUACUGGUAGUACAGGUGUUAAUGUUUUAAGUGCAAGGGAAUUAAGCGGUGGUGUAAAAGCUUGGGCAAAACGGGAUCAGUUAAUAAGUUCAGCACCGGUAUCUGGUGGUAUGGGUAUGCAACUUUUACAAAAAAUGGGAUGGAAACCAGGUGAAGGUUUAGGACGUGAAAGAAACGGUGCAUUACAGCCACUAUUGCUUGAAGUAAAAUUAGAUAAACGUGGUGUAAUGGCAAUGGAAGAGGAUCCAACAAAAAGACGUAUUAACAAUCAACCAUAUCAAAAGAGAUCUAAGAGAAUACAAAAUAAUACGAUAUCACAAGCAAAAGAAGCAUUAGAAACAAAACACCCAGUAUCAUUACUUGGAGAAAUUGCAUCGAAAAAACGAUGGACACCACCAUUUUAUGAAUUGGUUGAUGAUAAAGGGCCAUCACAUAAUAAAGCAUUUAUAUUUAAAGUUGUAGUUAAUGAUAUUGUAUAUCAGCCAACAUUAUCAUCUUCAACAAAGAAAGCUGCAAAAGCUGUUGCAGCAAAAUAUUGUCUUCAACAAUUAGGUGUUUUACCAACUACAGCUGUCGUAACACAAACAACGCCAAUGACUGGUACAACAACAGCAACGAACUCAGUUACUUAAUUUAAUUUAAUUGAAAUUUAAAAAAAAAAUUAUUAUUAUUAUUUUAGUACUAUGUAAAAAUUAAAUUGAAUUAAAAAUUAUAAUUUUUCAUUCUCUGGCUGUUUAUAAACAAAAAAAAAAUAUUUAAAUUCAUACAUACAUAAGUGUAGCGGUAGUAAUAUUAUGUAUGUGCUCAUAUGUAUUAUAUACAAUUAUUAUAUUACAUAUAUACAAAUUGUUAUUUAAAUCGUAUAUAUAUUUUAAAAACUUAGAAUUUACAUACAAUUAAGAUAAUUAACUUAAAAUAGUUAUUGUGAAGAAUUUAUGAUUAAAAAUUAUUUAAGAUAAUGCAAUAAA